UUUUGCAGGUUCUGGAUCUCGCACUGGAAAAAUUCUUCAACGAUUCCCAGAAAAAGAUUGGGCCGACACUCCCUUCAUCGAGGGCAUCGAAUGGUUUUGUCAACCGCAAGGUUGGUCCCUGUCAACCGUCCGCCAGGAGCCACAGUUUUUCGUAUCAGUCCUAACGGACAUCGACGCCAAUCGGCACUACUGUGCCUGCUUGUGCUUCAACGAGACCAUUGCCAUCACUCCCAGUAAACCCAUCGACGAGGAAGAGGAAGAUGACAAUCUGUCGCCCAGUAGUAGAGCCUUGUUGGCCGCCUCUAGUGGACCACCCUCCAUAACCCACCACAGUAUAAUGUACGCUCCGAAGUGUUUGGUGAUAGUCUCCCGGUUGGACUACAUCGAAACGUUUCGGAACUGCCUAGGGACUAUCUACACGGUGUACCUGGAGAGCCUGAAGUUCCACUUGCAUCACCUCAUCGGUAGCAUACUAGGGUGCAUUCAGGUUCCUCCUCCCGGUGGUCCACAGGUCCGUUUCUCCAUCGGAGCAGGGGACAAACAAGUCCUGCAGCCACCCAUUUCCCCCACAAUCCCCGUAACGGGAUCCUGCGUAAGCCUUCUGUUUCAUCAACUUGGUAUUAAAAAUGUGAUGCUUCUCUUCUGCGCUGUCAUGACCGAGCACAAGAUUCUCUUCCACUCGACGAGCUAUUCUCGACUAACCGACAGCUGCCGAGCUCUGACCGCCCUGAUGUAUCCAUUCCGCUACAGUCAUGUGUACAUUCCGAUCCUGCCAGCUUCGCUGGUGGAAGUAUUAUCCACACCGACGCCCUUCAUCAUGGGAAUACAUAGCUCAAUGCAGACGGAAGUUACCGAGGUGCUUGACGUGAUCAUAGCCGACUUGGACGGUGGCUCUAUCCACAUUCCCCAAUCGCUGGUACCUCCACCCGCAGAACUACCCAAGGCCUUACGGGAAGCAACGGAAAACGCUCUCCAGCAGGUGUUGCACCCGGAGUUGACGCGGGCCGAUUUGGCCUUCCCACCGAAUAACAUCAACAACAAUGGGUACAAUUUCCGGGAACAGAGGAGCGACGAAAUGCUGGACAAAGAAAUACGGGCAGUGUUCAUGAGGUUGUUUGCUCAGCUGUUGCAGGGCUACAGGUCCUGUUUGACGUUGAUCCGGAUAAAUCCUAAGCCAAUCAUACAGUUUCACCGGGCGGGUUUCCUGGGUGCGAGGGAUUUGGUUGAUUGCGAUUUUUUGUCACGGGUAUUGGAUAGCAUGUUCUUCACGGGUUUCGUUACGGAACGAGGGCCACCUUGGAGGCCGUGCGAUGCUUGGGAUGAGCUGUACAGUGCGAUGAACGAUUUGCUCAAACAGGAAAUGCAGGACCCCCACUUGGUGUUGAUUCACAUCCAGGAGCUGGCCAAGCAGCUGUAUACCAAUGAAAAUCCCAGUCCGCAGCCGUACCAGCAGAAGGUUCUGAGGCCACCGGAAGGUGCCUUCGCUCGAAUACACCAACCCCCGAUGCCGUUGAUCGAUUCACAGGAAGUUCAAAAUGUGAUCAACGAGGGGUUGGCUGCCAAUGAUCUGCAGGCGAGGUUACAGACCAUAAGGCCUCCGCAACGGAUAGUACCGAUGGGUCCUUAUCUGAAACCGGUUCUCGAAUUACGACCAGUGGUCAAUAACAGUGCCCGGAAGCUAGAGGUGUUGAAGAACUGCAUCAGCUGUAUCUUCGAUAACAAGAUCACCGAGGCACGAAAGAGUUUCCCGGCUGUUUUGCGGAUAUUGAAACAACGGGACGCCAGGUUAACACUUUGUAGGGAACUAGCGAAGAUCGCACAUGGAAACAAACAGCUAGAUCACCAGCAGUUCGACUUGGUGGUGAAGCUGAUGAACCGAGCUCUUCAGGACGAUUCUUCAAAAGACGAAUACGGAGUUGCAGCCGCCUUACUUCCUUUGUCGACGACCUUCUGUCGGAAGCUCUGCACCGGUGUGAUACAGUUCGCGUACACGUGUAUCCAGGACCAUCCCGUAUGGAAGAACCAGCAGUUCUGGGAAGAUGCCUUCUACCACGACGUACAGAACUUCAUCAAAGAGCUGUACCUUCCACGGCAGACUUCGGAAAAGCCCUACAGCAGUUGGGCUUCGGACAGCAAUGGCCUUGUUCAUUCGACUUCCCGUGAUAAAAUGGAUCGUUCGACGCUACUCUCGCGAGCGCAGGAGCCUUCUGCGUUGGAGAUCGCGGCUGAUCAGAUGCGGAUCUGGCCUACCGUAGACCCAGACAAACAGCAGGAGCUCAUCAGCUCCGAAGAGAAGACCCUCUACAGUCAAGCAAUCCACUACGCCAACCGGAUGGUAUUCUUGUUGAUUCCGCAAGACGUCAACCAAGGAGGUAGAGUACAGAAACUAGAUUCCCACGCAGAUGACGACGCCAGCGUUUCCAACAGUGUGAUAGAAUCCCACAGUCACAGCGACCAUAGCGAUGAAGGUUUCGAAGACAACGACCCCAGCGAGACAGGAACGGCGGUCGCCAAAAUGGUUUGUAAAUUCAUUGACCGAGUCUGUAACGAGGGAAACGUGACUCCCGAGCACCUGCGAAACCUUCACCAAAUGGUUCCCGGGGUGAUACAGAUGCACAUUGAAACUCUGGAAUCGGUGAAUCGAGAAGCCAAGCGGAUACCUCCCAUCCAGAAGCCCAAACUUCAAUUCCCCAAUUUCCUCCAGGGUGAAGAACUCAUCGGAGACCCGAUGCGGGUGUACCUGCUUGCCGACGGUCGCGAAGAAAAGGAAGUUGGAACGUCAAAUCUCCUACCGGCGGAGGGAGCUCUCUAUCUGACGAACUACCGCAUAGUGUUCAAGGGAAGUCCGUGCGAUCCGUACUGCUGCGAGCAGAGUGUAGUGCGGGCUUUCCCGAUUUCGUCGCUUACCAAAGAAAAACGCCUCACGGUGAUCUAUCUGCAGCAUCUGGAGCAGGUUCUGCAGGAAGGUAUGCAGCUGCGAUCGUGCACGUUCCAGCUGAUCAAGGUGGCGUUCGACGAGGAGGUGAUCGCCGAUGCAAUAGAAGCCUUCCGAAAGACGAUACACCGGGUACGGCAUCCGGAGGAUGAAUUUGGACAUUUUGCGUUUGCUACGAUGCACGGCAUAGUCAAUCCUACCCCGUUGCAUAAGGUGAAGGAAAAGAAUGCUACAUUGAAAGAUUUCGCGAAGAAGACUCUGCUGAGGACAGCUAAGAAGGCUGGGUUCAAGCAAAAAGGCGCGACUAAGCGGAAAUACAUUCUUCCUGGUGCUGACUUUGAGGAAACUUACGGAAACAGUUCAACGGGGAUCAAUGAAAACCCAGAAGACGAAGACGGAUCAGAUGACGGAGCCGAUACAAUGCCACGGGUAACAGUGAAAGAUGUCGAAAGGUUGAAAGAACGAGGCUACGUCAAGGAUUGGCUUCGAGUGGGUUUGGGAGAUGUUCAAGCGGGAUACCGGAUAAGUUCGAUCAACUGCAAUUAUAGUCUGUGUCGGACAUACCCAGCAAUGUUGGUCUGUCCAAAGGAUGUCUCCGAUGAUAGCCUGAGGAAUCUUUCCCGCUGUUACAAACACCAUCGGAUACCAGUCGCUACGUGGCGUCAUAAGAACGGAGCAACGCUCUUGAGAGGUGCCGUGCCCCUUGCCAAGGGAGUCAUGGGAAUGCUCAAAGGUCAUCCAGGUUCAUCGAACAACUCAGCAGACUCGGCCAGCUUUCAUGAACAGGACCGUUACUUUGUUUGUGUCAUCAAAACCACGCCGCACACUCGUCCGAUUCGGCAUACGGGUAACUUCUCCGAUUCGAACCUUUCCCUCGAUUCGUUAGCCCUAGCGGCGAACGGUCUUAUGACUCGAACAGACAACUCAACGCUAACCCCAGAUAUUGGUCGAAAGAACAACGUUGGUCUCUACUCGAUCAACAAUUCAUCCUUCUCCAGCUUUGGAGCACUUCGACCAACCCCCAAGCAGAACAAGUGGGGCUCGCUGAAACCCGGUGGACAUACCAGUGCUGCCACCUUGCGGGACUACAGCAGUUGGGAUCAACCCCAGCAAUACACCAUCCAACGUGUGCCAUUAUACUUCCUCGGCGAGAAAUCUCAAUCCAAAUCAGCCAAGCUGUCGGAAAUGUACGCCGAGUUCAUCCCCGUAGACUACACCGACGUGCGACACUCGCGAACCGCUUUCAAAAAGCUAAUGCGAGCCUGUCUUCCUUCCUGCAUAAAUACCGAACCAGAUCAAACCUUCUCCAAGUUAGUGGAACAGUCCGAGUGGCUCCAGCAGAUCCGAGGGCUAUUGCAGCUCUCCGGAGCCGUCGUUGAUCUCAUGGAUCUUCAGGAGUCCAGUGUAACGCUAGCCUUGGAGGACGGUUGGGACGUGACUGCCCAGAUUUCCUCACUUGCUCAAUUGUGUCUCGAUCCAUACUACCGUACCAUCGACGGAUUCCGAGUCCUGAUCGAGAAAGAAUGGCUAGCCUUCGGACACCGAUUCGGCCACCGGAGCAAUCUCAAACCGAACAGUAGUUCCGGUUCUCCGUUCGCUCCCACUUUCCUGCAGUUCCUAGAUGCCGUUCACCAAAUCCAAUCGCAGUUCCCCCUCGCAUUUGAGUUCAAUGAAUUCUAUCUACGCUUCCUGGCCUACCACCAUGUGAGUUGCCGUUUCCGAACGUUCCUGUUCGACUGCGAGCUGGAACGUGUGGAUUAUGGCAUAACGGCUAUCGAUGACAAGCGUGGAUCACUCAACUCGCAUCAUAAGCAUGUCGUCGAAGCGCUUACCGUAUCGGACGAUGACAAUAUCUAUCCCGGAGGGCUUGGUGGUGGUCGUGGUAAUCACGCAUCCAAUACUCAGAAGUUCGGUCCUUCGCUCUUCGAUUACAUCGAGCGACAACACGCGAAGAAUCCAAGCUUCUACAACUUCAUGUACACUCCGGAUCCCGACCGGCAAGUGCUUCGGCCACAAAGUUCCAUCUCGGUGCUGGAAGUUUGGUCGUACUAUUUGGACGAAGAAUUAGCUCAAGGGCCACCGUACGAUCCGGAGCUUCUGAACAACGACAACCUGGAUGAGGACAGUGACUACGGCAGUGCGGGCAGUAUGACCAACAAACAUCCCCGACGGAAGGUCGUUUCCGUUGGGUACGACAGCCUGAACAAGUACGACGCGGACGCGUUUUCGCGGUUACUCGAGGAACUGAAGAACGCCGAGGCGGAGAGGGGUCUGUUGCCGCAAAAGUGGCGCCAAGUUUGGGACAAACUUGAACUGCCACACUCGGAUUCGCUGACUAGGCACGCUUCGUUCAGUAGCGCGCUGGUGCGGUCGCAUGGCCGAUUACUGCACAAGAGAUCUACUCUGGAGAUCAUCAUGCGUGGUCGUCAGGUCGGAUACCACCAGGAGAACUUCCUACAUCCCCAUCGCUUCGAGAAGCACGCUUACUCGGCGCCGAUCAACUGCAACCACUGUGGAAACGUCCUUUGGGGUCCGCUUCUUAAUGGACUGAGAUGCGUUGAUUGUGGCAACACUUACCACGAAAAGUGUGCGGAAUCGGUACCGAAGAACUGCACCAAGUACAAAGCGGUUGAAGGCACGCAGCCUACGUUGGCCCGGAAUCAGGGCGACAACAAUAGUGUGUCGUCCGGUGUGAACAACUCCAACACGACGAACCAGCAUUACUACGAUCAGUACAGCAGCAAUGUGGCCGAUGACAGGACGCAUGAAGGAUAUCUGUACAAACGAGGUGCAAUACUGAAGAACUGGAAGCAGCGGUGGUUCGUGUUGGACUCGCAUAAGCACCAGCUGAGGUACUACGAUGCGAUGGAGGACAGCAAUUGCAAGGGGUAUAUUGAACUAGCGGAGGUGCAAUCAGUGUCCCAGGCUCCGCCACAGGCAGCACCAGUGCCGUCGAAGAAGAUUGACGAAAAGGCAUUCUUUGAUCUGAAAACAAGCCGACGAACGUACAACUUCUACGCAGCGGACGCAACCAGCGCCCAGGAGUGGAUCGAAAAGAUUCAGGCUUGUCUGCAGUAAAAACAACAAGUCAGCGGAAGGUAUUCACCAGAUCACACCAAUCCCAUCGUUUCCAUCAUCAAAUACACGUGCGGUAGAAAAUAAUUUAUCAAGUAACGUAAAAUAGAUACACGCAAACAAAACCAGGUAGGCAUAUUUCUAGCAAAUCACCACAUACAAAAUCAUGAAACCUAAAGAUUUUCCAAACGGAUUUCCGAUAUCUGAUGUAUAAUAGUGACGCGACGUAAGAAAGCGUUAUGGUAAGCGAACAUACUCAUUUAAAAUUAGCGCAAAAGUGACACACACAGAAAUAA